GUUUCAGUCGUUAAACGAGAGAGCAAGCAUCGACUUGCAUGUUUGUUUGUGCCUCGCGCGCGCAAUAGUGUUGUAUGGAAUAAAAGUGUUAAAACACAAAAAUUUGUUUGUGGCAAAAAAGUAAAGUGUAUGUGAAUGUGAGUGUACGAGUGUGCAAAUAAAAAAAAAGCGAAAACAAAGUAACGAGGAGCUACGUUCUCGCAGUCGGGGGCGGCAAACAGCAAAAGUUCAAAUAGCAAAACACAAACCGCAGUUGCUGCCGCAGCCACCGCCGCAGUUGCACUUUGUUGCCGCUAGUCGCAGUCGUCGCUUGUCGCGUUUGACGUUUGUCGGUUCUCCUCCUCGGUCGGCGGCGUAUUUGUUGUUUUUCUUUCGGCAAACUCAACGGCGGAGCAGAACCAGAAAAGAAGGUGGAGCAGAGGCAGGCGUUGCGCGCGUCCGUCGGAGGUGCCAACAGCAAGAGCGAAUGUGUUUCAAUGAUGUUACUGCCUUCGGGGCGUUCGAAUAGUGAUGUCUAUCCGUUACAAAAUGCCAGCACACAAUCGCCCACAGUGGUGGGCGCGUCCAAGCCUCUGUUACUGACAAGAACAUCAUCGCCACAACUGACAACGUUGCCAAUGUCAAAUGGCGGCGCCAACACCAACGCCAAUGCCAUCACCAACUCCAGCGCCAACUCGAGCGCCGCCUACACAACGCUGCUAAAGUCCUCCAACAUCGCGCCACAAGAAACGGCCGGAAGUCUGUCGGAGACCGGAACACAGGCGGCAACGACGACGUCAACGACAACAGCGACGGCAACGGCGGCAUCGACGAUACCAGCAACAACUGUGGACACCAUCAAUUCCGGACUUGGGGUUGCUGGCAUCUAUGGCCCAAUUUUGGGGCAGAGUCAUGCCGGCAGCAUUGCCAUCGGAAAUUGGGGUGAAAUUGAUCGACACCUCGAGGCGGUGCAGGACAAGCUGAAAACUGGCUGGACCGUGCAUGUGGGCAAGGAAGGCAGACUCUACUACUGCAACCACUUGACGCAAUCAUCUGGCUGGCUGCCUGCUUGCGAGGAUUGGAGCAAACAUGAAGAGCUCACCUACGGUUGGGAGCGUGCCAUAGACUCCAAGGGUCGAUCGUACUACAUCAAUCACUUGAAUAAGACGACCACGUAUGAGACACCUGAGUGCAUAAGAUGGGAUGAACAUCCGCCAGAGCCACGUUUGGUGUUGUUGCUGCGCAGCUCCAGCUUAGGCUUUGGCUUUGUGGCGGGCAGUGAAAGGCCUGUCAUAGUACGCUUUGUGACUGAGGGAGGUCCCAGCAUUGGGAAGCUGCAGCCAGGCGACCAGAUAUUGGCAGUCAACGGUGAGGAUGUGAAGGAUGCGCCCAGGGAUCAUGUCAUUCAGCUGGUGCGUGCCUGUGACACUCAGGUGUCCUUGCUCGUCUGUCAGCCCAUGGCGCACUGUGUGAUGCCAGGCCGUAAAUCGACACUGCUCUCCGCUGGUAAAAGGGCAAAGCUGCGCUCGCGUCCAAGUCGCGUGCGCUUCGCAGAGAGCGUGUGCGUCAAUGGAGCACCAUUGUUUCCGCCUUCGGCCUUUUCGCUGGGCGACAUUUGUGUGCCACCCAUGGCAAAUGUGCUCAAGGUCUUUCUGGAGAAUGGCCAGACCAAGUCGUUCAAGUACGAUGCCACCACCACAGUGCAGGAUGUGGUUAGCUCGCUGCUGGACAAACUCUGCCUCUGCUGUGGCGAACUUUUCAGUCUGGUGUUGGAGCACGUCAAGAGUCUAAAGCGCAACAAACUCACGCUUCUCGAUCCACAGGAGUCAUUAGCUCGCAUUGCUGCUAGGCCUGGUGCCCACAAGCUGCGCUGCCUGUUUCGCAUCACUUUUGUGCCCAUUUCGGCCGCCGAGUUGGCGCAACGGGAUCUGCAUGCACUCGACUAUCUGUAUUUGCAGUGCUGCAACGAUGUCAACCAGGAACGUUUUGCACCCGAAUUGCAACCAGAGCUGGCAUUGCGUCUGGCCGCUCUCCACAUGCAUCAGCAUGCGCUGGCCAAUAACUUUGCGCCCGCUAAGCUCACCGUUAAGCUGGUCGAACGGGAGUUUGGCCUGGAACGCUUUGUGCCUGUCAGCUUAUUUGAGGGCAUGAAACGCAAGGAGCUGCGACGCCUCAUUUCACACUUUCUUAAGCUCAACGCGGAGAUGACGGGUUCCUCCAGCAAGGUUCUAACUCAGCUGCAGGCGAAACUCCAUUACCUAGAUAUAAUCGCUAGUUUACCAAGCUAUGGCGCCAAAUGUUUCAGCACAAACCAAAGAGAAGGCAUGGAACGAGUUCUGCUGAUCAGUCCGCGGUUCGGUCUAAGUCAAAUAUCCAGUGCUCGCAAUUCAGUGCCACAGCCCAUUUCGGCCAUUGAGGACUUCACACAUGUGGUGGUCCAUCGCGAGGAUGAUGUCACCUGCAGCGUGUCCAUCUAUAUGCUGGGCGAUCGUGCAGUCAAGUUCAUCAUGGAGGAUCGCGAUGCUUGCGAGUUUAGUCUGGUGCUCGGCGGCUACUAUCGACUGUUAACAGGGAACAUACUGAAUGUGCUGCGGGAGCGUGAACCGCACGAAGAUGACAAUGCACCCGCAUUCCUGUCUCAGCACACAGUGUUGCCCGCCGGCUGGAGCUAUCUGCUGCCAUUCCAUACGCGUGCGCACAGCGUCAACUUCCUGAUCACGCCGCCAUAUCAUCCGAUGCCGCACAAGGCGGUGCUCUCGCAACCGCAGCCCGCUCAGCCGCAAUCGCUGCCCUACGCCACCGACUUGGAUCUGCACAGUGUAAUGGCCACCGAGCUGCUCGAGGAGGCGGCCAAGGACUCUGGGUUGAGCGACAGCAGCGGCAGCAACUAUUGCAGCGAGGGACGCAGUCAACUGGCCGUCGAAGCAAAGAACGAGCAAGUGCUGCGACGUGUGCAGGAGCUACAGCAGCUUGUCCAAUGCUCAGAGCAGUAUCUCAGCGAACAGGAGCAGGAAUUGCAGCAAAUCCAGCUGCAUCAGCAGCACCAGCAACAGCAGCUGGGCCAAAGCGUGGCCAUGCUAGAGUUCGACAGCGACUGCGACAGCCUGAACAGCAGCAAAGUCUCUUCCACGGAGGAGGCCAACAUCAGUCAUCUCGUCAGCGGUGGCACGCAUGCUUUGAAGCACAGUGAUUCACUGCAGCUGCUGGCUGACACCAUUAGCCAUGAGUUGACGGGCAUCACGCAGGGACUGAAUGCCAUACCGGAGCCGGUGUCUGCCUCGGCACCGCCCACACCCGCCACGCCCAAGCGCAAGCCGAGCUUGUGCAGCACUUCAAGUCCUCGACCACAGCGCAAGCUCAACGGCUUCAGUCAGCUGCUAAGCGAUCUACAGGCACUUGGCACAGAUUUCUCGCAGAGCGAAAGCGAUUCCGAAUCGGUUGCCUCCCCGGCACAAUCGCCCACCACACGACGACCACAGCAGCUCAUGCAGUCAGGUGCCAAGCAGCAGCUGGCGCAGCGCAGUAGCUUUGGACUGCAUAGUCCGGAUGGCACACACUUUGGUGCCGAGACCAAGGACUAUAAUCUGCGCGAGUAUCUGCAGCAGCUGAAGGAGAUUAGCAAUGUGCCAGCAGCGGACACGGAUGUGGCUGCUCGCCAGCUCUCCGAGAUAUAUGGUUUUGAGGUGCGCGAGGAUACAUUCAUUGAGACGGACACGGAUUUGAUUGAUUUGCGUGCCAUACCGCCGCCCCAAACGCCCGAUGAGCUGGACUCACUGUCGCUGAUGAAUGCGGCGCCGCCCAAGGGCUUCGAGGGCAAGGCCGAGGAGCUGGAUAGCUUUCUACAACAGAUGCUGGUGGCACCGCCCACACAGAAGGCCACGCCCGCUAAGGAAUUGACGCCAGAGGAGAUAAUGUCGUUUAUUAUACCGCCACCACCGAAUCUGGAGGCAGUGCAGCCGGAAACCGAAUGCCUCUACAGCAAUUCGGUGCAGGCGAAGCGUGAGUUUUUCCAAACUGUGGCCAAUGGCAACAGCAACCAUACCAACAACAACAACAACAACAAUAUUAGCAAGGAUCUAUCAUCACACGUCAUUGAGUAUCCCACCGUGGAGCGCAAGAGCAAAUUCAGCUGCUGUCCCACAUCCAACAAGAAGGAAGAGACUUUACCAAUCGAUGAGCAGGCAGCCAUGCAACUUCCAAUGCAACCGCCACCGCGUACACCCACCACGGAGCAGAUGACGCCGCCACCGGCGCGUCCGCCCAAAAGCGCCGAGCUGCUGCAGCGAUAUUCGCCCAAGAAGCAGCUGCGCAUCGUUGCACCCGUGAGUGUGCCAUUCCGUGAGCUGUGUCCGCCACAAUUGCCGCCGCGUAGCAGCCCAACAGCCAGCUCGGAGCCGUGCACUCCGCAGCCCACGGUGGGCAUAAUGGGAGCCGGAUCAGUGUCAGCGGUGAGUGUGCCCAAGAAACCCCCGUUGCCGCCCAUUGCCAGUCGUCCACGUCCCGUCAAUGGCAUGCCCAACGCCAGCACACCCGCCAGCACCAUCACAACAACAAUACCGCCCAUACCGGCCACCGCCCGCCUACCCAAUGCGCAUUCCAAUGGCCAGCCGGCGCUGCCCAAGAAGCCACAACAGCUGCACGGCGAGAAGCUGUUCAUCAAGAACGGCCAUCUUAUCGAUGGCGAAGCGCUGCUGGCCAAAACAGAUGUGGCCAUGGCCGGUCUGCUCAUUAAACUGGAUCAGGUGGCCGCUCAGUGCUCGGCCGCACAGUCAGCUGGCGGUGGAGCCAGCAUCGAUGAGGAAAAAUUCCAACGAGCACGCAACGAGCUAACAGAACAAACGCUUGCCCUUGUCACGGCUAGCAAAUUCCUGGUGGCCUCCAUGUCGGACAUGACACUGAUAACGCUGCCCGAUCACCUGACCUCCUGCCUGACGGCCAUUAGACGCAUCACCGAGCUGGCCCAGGACAUGACCCGACACACAUCGGCACCGCUGCAGACGCGCAACAUUGUGCUAAAGGUGCACGAUGUGGCGAGCAGUUUCCGCGAACUGGUUGGCGUACAGAUUGGCCCGAUUGGUGCCGGCCAAUUGGCUCUGCAGGCCGAAUGCCUAGCGAAUGUGUUGGCAACGCUGUUGCGCAGCUUGCGUGUGUUUUCGCCCUAGACCAGAUCCCCAAUAAAUCAAAUCCACGACAUAUCGCUCGCCCGUAUAACUAUUCAACCAUCGAAAUAAGUAAAGAGAGAAAAAACAUAAUGAAAAAUAUACUAAAAUACCUUAUAUACAAAGUACACUUAUACAAAAAAAAACAACAUCUGCAACUAUUUUACAGGUAAAAGGCAAC